GCGGCGAUGACGCACGUUCUAAUUCUCUCCGUCGUCCUCGGUAUUUGCUGCGCGCUGGCGGAGAAAAGCGAAGAGACGACCACGACCGAGCACCCGAAGGGACUCGCCAAUUCGGAGGACCGAUUUCUGACGAACGUCAUUCACGGCAAAAACUCGUCGGAGCUUGUCCUCGGCGACGUCGACGAGGAGGAGACGAAGAAAACGGACAAGAAACCGAGGACCGUCUUGCACCGCGACUCGAGCCUCGAGAGAGGUUCCAGCUGCUGCGGCUCUAAAUACAGUUCCGGAGGAUCGGCACGACCGGAUUAUAAUUACAAUAAGAUCCCUUCGGAGACCGGGCGGUAUCCCACCCAAUACGGCGAGCGACACCCGAUCGACAGGUACGGAUGGCAAACCCAAGGUCGGCCCCCAGGUCCCAUCGGAAGCGGCGGCAGACCCGGUGGAGGAAGCGGAAGCGGAGUCUAUGCAGGAAGUCAGUUGGGAGACAGGUACGGGCCACGUCCGGUGCACGCGAGCGAAACUUCUAACAGACCCAGCGCUUUGGGAUACGGCACGGGAAAUGUUGGGGGAUACGGUUACGGCGCCAGUGGUUACGGGGGCUACGGCAGACCGACCGGGCACGGGGGUUCCACCAGCGCCUAUGGGAUUUCGGGGACACUGGCCGACGGUGACGAAUUCGGCCCCAGCGACACGGCUUACCCGGAUGCGAGUAUGCCGCAGGGAAACAUUCACGCGCAAAAGGCCAUAGCGUUAAAAGCUCUGGCGGGCGUGGCGCUGAUCGGGGCGGCCGCGGCGUUAGCUUCAAACCCGGUUCUUCUGCCAAUCGGCAUCAUAAAUGGCAGGCGGAAGAGAUCGGAGACCUUCUCGGAGGAGGAGGAGGAGGGGGAGGGAGGGGAGCGGACCGACUUCCAGAUGGAUUACAUUUUAUACAUGUUGAAGGAGAAUUUAGCUAAGAUACAACGGGACGGCGCGAGCGAUAGACUGAUCGUGUCUCCAAGGUGCGUCGCCAGAUUGACCUGCGAGAUCCAAAAGGAUUAUCUGUCCGAUUACCGGAAGGACGUCGAGAUCUUGAGCACAAAUCGGCGAUAUCUCCUCACGAAUCUGAUACGGAACAACGUGCUCAGCACCAAUACCGUGAGCGCGAACGUGAAGGACCUGAUCAAGCUGGCCGUCGGCGUGGCGUCGAGCAACGAGAGCUGCGACGUGUUCACCUGUAGUUACAUAAGAAAAGUCUGA